AUGCAGCAAGAAGCUCGGAACACUGAAACCCACCAGCGAUCAUGGUCAAACGCCCUCCGCCACCAGGCUGUCAAGUUCGUGAGCGCAGGAAGCCUGGAACCAACACUGGAACAGGAAGACGAGGAACAGAAAUCCACCGAAGACGGAUCAGAACCGAUGACCGACAAUUCACCCGACCACAGGGAAGAUAACCCCGAAACCCCAUUUUUCUUUGACUCGCAAGGGCAAGAAGUUGCCCACACAGGGCACCCAGACCCAGUAUUGCGACCUGAAUUAUUGGAUUUCGACGACUCGAGCGAGGACGAAGUUGUCUUCACUGGUCGGCGGAAGAACUUCAAACUCGUUGUUAUUGAAACAAACCAGCAAGAGAUUCAAGAGAUUGUGCAGCCAGUUGCUGCUGAAUUUUCCCAGACACCAUGUAAACUGGCAGUCGAACCUCAGGACCUGCCACCCCUUGCCAGCAACGAAGAUGAUGCAGAAGACGACGACGACGACGACGACGACGGCGACGACGCAGAAGACGAUACAGACAAGCCAAAUUGGCCACCCGAAACUGACAUUGACCCAGUAGCCGACUACAUCGCCAACAUAGACAGCGACUACUAUGCGGAAAUCAUCAAGGAAACAAAUACCGAUCUCGAAGGGGGUAUUGAUGUCGAAAAAGCAGCGACGCAGUUGGACUUGUCGGCUGCUAGCCCCGUUGGCAUCCAAGAAGUUCCAACCAGAUCAUACCCGACAAACAAUCAACUCGAUCAUCCCAAAGUUGAAGGCCCAGCUGAUGUGCUGGCUCAAAUGAAUCUAGACUCAGACCAAGGAUCAGGCGCGACAUCAAGUGAAACUGACCAGGAUGAUCUGGAUUCCGAUGAUGAUCUGGAAGAUUUUAUACUGCUCGAGGACCUAGCCACCGGGCACUCAAAGUCAGGAAAGAAGGGUGCCCGGUCUGGAAAGCUUCAAUUCCCUUCAGCGUCUGCAUUCGCAGACGCCCUUGACUCCGAUCCUUAUUUCGGGUUUGAUAUCAUGGACUUUGAUCGACCGAGUCUACGGAAAAAGCCCAAGGGUAAACAAGCCAUCCCCGAGCUGAUGCUGUCCGAUAGUGAAUUUGAGAUUGAGCUACAAGAAGCUUGGCAGAACGACAGAAGAAAAAAGAAAUUGAGAAAGAAGGAACGAGAAGAACUGCGAGCGCAGGGGUUACUUGGCAGAAAAGGUGGAAACCCAGACCUCAAAGCCAAAUAUUCCAAGGAGAUGAACAUGGAGCAGUUCAUGACCGAACUACGAUCAUUCCUCUUGUCUCCCAAACACAGUCUGGCACUGCCACCCAUGACCAAACAACGGAGAAAGCUGAUACACGAGUUGGCCAAUGCACUGAACCUGAAAUCACAGUCACGCGGUCAUGGAAUGGAUCGUUUCCCUGUACUCAAUAAGACCGCGCGUACUCCUGGAUACACACCUAAAACCAUCUCCAACGUCGACGAUCUCCUGUCUGGGAGGAAGUUCAACCGCCGUUUAUUCAGGUCAUGGGGCGCAGAGCCACCAAAAUCCUUCAAACCCAAACGAUCUGGAGGAGCUGCAACCUAUAUGGAGGGCGACGUGGUUGGCGCCUCUGCCCCGGAGAUUGGAGCCGGAAACCGAGGACGCGCCAUGUUGGAGAAGAUGGGAUGGAGUACAGGUACUGCUCUUGGAGCCUCCAACAAUAAGGGCAUUCUACAGCCUGUUGCGCAUGUUGUCAAGAAUUCCCGCACUGGGUUAGGUUAA